UUCCUUUUGUCACAGUGAUGUGCCCUUUUGUAUGACAUGGCGCCUCAAUCAGGGUCGCAAAGCUUCUUAACUCUUAUUUUACUUUCUCCCCCAGAACGCAGAUGGAGAGUCCCCGACUUCCCAAGAGGGAGAGAAGGAGGAGAGACGUUGCAUCAAAUUGCCGACGGAGAUGGUGGCAGAGGAGCCAUUUCUGGUCUCUUCUUCCUUGUACCACUGGAUGACCACCAUGAUGGUCGCAGGCGACGGAAUGGCCGGCCAUCCAAGAACGGUCAUGGAGAUCCCUAUCGAAUCCCCAGAGAGCGGCUCCUCAAUCCCCGUUGCCGUGGCCUUCACCCACUCCCCGGCCCGUCAGGAAAGUGCGGCCGUCGAAAUCCAGGCUGCCUACAGAGGCCACCUGGUCCAGGUGUUGGUACGAAUUGUUCGUCAAGUGAAGCAGGAAGCCGACCGGCUGGAGGCCGUUCUCCAGGCGCAGGAGACGGUGGACAGGGUGCGGACCGACCCAAGGGAGAGGCUCCGCCUCAACGAGGAGCUCAUGCGGCUGCUUCUCCGCCUCGACUCCGUCCCCGGGCUUGUCCCCUCCGUCAGGGAUCUCAGGCGGCGUGUCAGCCGGAAGAUCGUCGACCUGCAGGAGAUUCUCGACGCCGUUGCCUCCACCCGUCUAGUCGGGCGGCUCCGCUGGAUGUGUCCGACUAGUUGGCAUGACCCAGAAGACGAAGAAGAAGAAGGAGAGAGGAGAGUUCGCGCCCUUGCCCACGACGUCGACGAUGAUGACGAGGGUUUGCUGAGACUCUGGGGUUUGCAGAGUGUUUUGCAAUUUUAAUGAAGGUAUGCUAUCGGUAUGUAAUAGAAUAAUUAUAGUAAUAAAAAAAUGUGCCGUACAAGGAGUGCGUUUGUUAGCAACGGUAAAUUAAUUGAUAUGUAAACUUCGUUUCUCUCUCUCUCUCUCAUAUGACUGAAAAAUUCCUGUAAAUCUUGGAAUUGGUAUGUGAAAUUCGAGUACCGCUGUUUGGUUUGAACCAAGAAGGUGAAGUAUUCUUGAAACUUUAAAUU